AUGCUGCCUCUCCAGAUCCCCGGCACUGUCCUGGCUCUGCUCAGCCUCCUGCUUCUGGCGGCGGCUCUGAGCUCCGACCACUGGCUGGAGGCGACACGGGACGGCGUCUUCGUCCACUCGGGGCUCUGGAAGAUCUGUGUGAAUUCGGUGUGUGCCAUGCCUUCGAAACUACCCGAUUACAUCGAGGCCACCAAGACGUUCUUGAUACUGGGCCUGGUCGCGGGGCUGCUCUCGGCCUUCUCCCUCCUCGCCUUGCUCAGCGGCUCCGGCCUCCACGCCGUGUCCCCCCUCACGGUCUCUGCCGUGGGCAGCUUCAGUGCAGGUUUCUGCGUCCUGAUUGCGCUGACCGUGUUCACCAGCGAGUUGGCUGAAGUCAUAAAGGUCACCUGGCCCCACGUCUCCUUUGGCUGGUCCUGGGGCCUCGGCUGGGCCUCCAUCCCCCUCUUCCUGCUGACCGGUGGGGUAACGUUACUGGCCCAGGAAUCCAACUCGAUCUGAGCACGGGCCUGAGCUGCCCCCUGGGGACGGUGCUGGCAACCGCCAGGGCCAGGUGGAGCCUGCAGUGUUAUGGGGAUGAUUCCCCCCAACACCUCAGAGCAGGGGUGUGUGUGUCUGCUGCCCCCUGCUGGAGGGGCUGAGCCCUGCGCGCUGUGUGUGUGUGUGUGUGUGUGUGUGU